AGCUCCGGAGGCUCGCGCGGGAGUGGGGGGGCGAAGGCGGAAGUGGCGGCGCCGGGUCCGGGAGUGGAAGGGAGCUGAGGCUGCAGCCCGAGUGGAGCGGCUGCCAGCCGAGGAGCAGGCGCGGCCGCGGCGCCAUAUUGCGGCCCCAGCGGUCGCUACCGAGCCAUGGCCGAGACCUACGACUUCCUCUUCAAAUUCCUGGUGAUUGGCAGUGCUGGAACUGGCAAGUCAUGUCUCCUCCAUCAGUUCAUUGAGAAUAAGUUCAAACAGGACUCCAACCACACCAUCGGCGUGGAGUUUGGAUCCAGGGUGGUCAACGUUGGGGGGAAGACUGUGAAGCUCCAGAUUUGGGACACUGCUGGCCAGGAGCGGUUUCGGUCGGUGACGCGGAGUUAUUACCGAGGGGCAGCUGGAGCCCUGCUGGUAUACGACAUCACCAGCCGGGAGACAUACAACUCGCUGGCUGCGUGGCUGACUGACGCCCGAACACUGGCCAGCCCCAACAUCGUAGUCAUCCUCUGUGGCAACAAGAAGGACCUGGACCCUGAGCGUGAGGUCACUUUCCUAGAGGCCUCCCGCUUUGCUCAGGAGAAUGAGCUGAUGUUCCUGGAGACCAGCGCUCUCACUGGUGAGAAUGUGGAAGAAGCUUUCCUGAAGUGCGCACGCACCAUCCUCAACAAGAUCGACUCAGGUGAACUAGACCCGGAGAGGAUGGGCUCAGGCAUUCAGUAUGGUGACGUAUCCCUUCGCCAGCUGAGGCAGCCUCGCAGCGCGCAGGCCGUGGCCCCUCAGCCUUGUGGCUGCUGAGACCUGCAGAGCCAGGCCAUGUUUUCUUGCCCUUUGCCCUGGUGACCUCCUCCCAGAAGCUUUGUUGGUUUUUCCAUGCAUGGUCCAGAUUCCUUGACAGACCUGCAGGACUGCAGAUUUUGGUCCCUUCCUCACCUCUGUACUGCAGGAAGCCUAGCCCCCUCCCCUCCCAGCCCCUGGCAUGUCUAGGGUGGCUGUGGGGAAAGUCCUUAGGCUAGGACCCAUUGGUUCUUGAGGGAAUGCUUGUGGGAUUAGAAAGAGAGAAAAGCCCAGGGUGAGCCAUUCAGAUAGUGUUCUUCCUUCCAGGCCUCUGCACUUGCUGGUCUGAGCCUGUUCCUCUUCUGUAGAAAAGGGACAGUCACCUUGAUGUGUGUGGCGGAGAGGGAGUGAUGAAUUGUAGAGUAUUUAGAGCUGGGCCUAACAUUUGCUGGAAGCUUGAUCCACAGUGCCAUCCAUUGCUUUCCUCCUUUCUCCUCCUCCUCCUUCCUUUGUUUUGUUUUUUUGAGACAGGGUUUCUCUGUGUACACUUGACUGUCCUGGACUCUGUAGACCAGACUGGCCUGGAACUCACAGAGAUCCACCUGCCUCCGCCUCCUGAGCGCUGGGAUCAAGGCGUACGCCACCACCGCCCAGCUAUUGCUUUCCUUCCUGCCUAUCUUAAAGGACUGGGAGGGUGAGUGUGGCUCUGUGGUAGGGCACUUGCCUCUCGUGAAGGUGGCCUUCUGGGGUGCAGUUCCAGCACCACAGAGUACCAAACCAAACCAGAGCACAAGGGACAUUGGCUGUGCGGAGAUAAACAGACGGACACCUCGGAACUUAGUGUAGCCUCUUUCCAGACUUUGCCCUCAAUGAGUCACAUGUACAGACUCCAUUGACCAUAUGUCAUACCUUAUCUAAGGUAGUCCUGCCAAUAGAAAAAAACUCAAUUUUUUAAAACUUAAAAAAAACCUUUAGUGUUUUUUUUUUUUGGGGGGGGGAGUAGGUGGGAGAGGGUUCUUCAGGCUAAUACAGAACUUACCUAGGAUAGCCUCAAAUUUGCAUCAAUCCUCUUGCCUUAGCCUUUUAAAUGCUGAGAUUAUAAGCGGCUACCACCAUGCCUGGUUACAAACAAAUCUUUUGUUAUUUUUGAGACAGGGUCUCUCUACAUAGCCCUUACUGUCUGGGACUCAUUCUGUAGACCAGGCUGGCCUUGAACUCACAGAGAUCUACCUGUCUCUGCCUCUGUACUGGGACUAAAGGUGUACCACCAGGUCUGGCCUGAUAUUUUCUUUUAUUCUAAAAACUUUUAAAGAGCAUCUCUCCUCCCUCCAACUCUCUCUUUUUUUGUUGUUCUUUUUUUUACUCAGAGACAUACAGCCCAGGCUGGUCUCCGGCUUCUAUGUAGUCAAGGGUGACCUUGAACUUCUGAUCCUUUGGCGUUCACCUCCCAAGUGCUGGAUUACAGUACUACCCCACUGCAUUCAUGGGGUGCUGAGGAUGGAACCAGGGCCCAUGCAGGCUAGGCAAGCACUACAAACUCAGCUAUAUUUUUUCUUUUCUUUAUUUCUUUGAUUUCUUUUUCUUUUUUUUGAGACGGUAGCAUAGGCUUGUAACUUGAGGCCUCUAAUUUACUUCCUAAGUACUGGGAUCACAGGUGUGACCCACCACGCCCUGUGGUCUCACUCCAUUUAGACAAAAAGUCAGUCAGGGCCUACCAACACUGCCCUCUGUAUACAGGGCACAUUAGCAUAAGUUGGAAAGCUUUAAGGAUUCUGAUGUCCAGGACUUACUUUAGGAAAUUUCUAGAAAAAUCGGGAAGCAGUCAAAGCAAAGACCGCUAAUCUAUUCUGUCUUUCCUGUUUGAAAAACAUUGGAUUGACCUAGCCUGGACCAUUAGGGAUAAAAAGGGACACAGAAAUUUUCAAAGGUGGGGACUGUAUUUAAUUUAUUUAUUUUUUUUUCAUGCUUUGUGUUUUUGAGACAGGAUCUCACUAUGUAUGUAGCUCAGGUUAGCCUUAAACUUAACAUCCUUCUUCUGCCUGUACAUGUGUGAACCACCACCUGGCAAGGGUCGUGGUAGGUAUUGAAACACUCCUUUACAGAUGCGGACAAAUAGGGAGAUGCUCAGAGAGUAAAUCUCCCACAUUGCUUCAGAGGGGCACCCAAGUCAGACAGUGCACAGACAGGGUGCACGCAGACAGGUCAGGAAUGUAGCCAGGACUGAGACAGCUUCCAGCUAGACUCCCGGAUCCCUCCAGGUCAUAAUACCCUUCUCUUUCAGCUCACCUGUUCUCCUGGACCAGCCCUGCCCGAAGGCUGGGGCUCAGAACCAGGCCCCAAGAGGCCAGGCCCCAGUCUGCCCCAGCCCCAGAAAAGCUACUCUGUCAGCCAUUCCCCCUUCCCUGGCCUUGGGGCCUGGCAUUGGGGCAAGAUUGAGCCACAGGGGAAGGGGGAACCCAUACCUGCUGCUGCUUCCUCUGUCUUGGCUAACUAUUCCCCCCGAGCCCCUAACCAUACCUGAAGAACUCCCAAAGCUUGAGACCAGGGCCCUUUGGCCCCCACUUCCUGCCUGGCCCUGCUGUUGCAAGUCUGUUAUUUAUUACCUGGAGGCCUGCUCCAUCCUGUCCCAGCCCUCCAUAAAGUACUGUUUACACCCGA